AAGAACAAAGUGUUCUCGCGAGAUGCUGUACCGCUCCAGCACCAAAAGGCUCCCCCGAAUCCGAAACCAAACGACGCCGCGACAAAAAGAGCCCGCCAUGCGUCCUCCUCCUCCCUGUCCGAAGUCUCGCACGGAGAAAUAGGGAGUCACGGGCACUGACAUGAAUUCCCCUGCUUGUUCUUGGAGCUUUCUUCUGGUCACAGUGAGCUAACAACUCCAAUCCAGGAGGAGGAAAAGGAGAUCUCCCACCCGGACAACACUGAUCAACAAAAGCUGAAAUUUUCUGGUCACGGGAGAGCACUCCCGUGAUGGCUCCUUCAUCUUGGUUGCCCUUGUUCUUCUUAGCCUUGUACCAGCUCGCGUUGCCAGUCGAGGCGGCGGCUAAGGCGUCUCCGGUGGUGGGCAACAUUUGUAGGGUGGAUGACGCGGAGCUGUUCCAUGUGUACUAUGGGCAGAGCUUCAAGGUCAUCAAGAACAGCAUUGAUGGGAAGAGCUACCUCCUCAUGCAGAGUAAUUCUAGGAUGGCUGCAAGAACAAAGUACUGCACCGGCAGGAUCAAGUCCUUCGUCGUCCCACUCUCCAAUUACUCUGUCGACACUACGAAUCUUCCCGUGUCUUUCUUUGAGUUGCUGGGUCUGCUAGAUAACUUCAAGGCAAUGACAUCAGACCAAAUUACUUCGGAGUGUGUUCUUAAAUUAUUGGUUAUUGGUAGUAUCCAACUAGUCAAUAAGAAAGACAUGCAACAACUGUCGCAAUUCACGGCACAUUUCAUAAGCAAUGUAGAAGAAGAACAAGCCUGCAAUUUUGCAGCUUUUGUACCUCUGGAUGAAAGGACUCCCUUGCAGAGAGCAGAAUGGAUCAAGUACCUGGCUACUUUCACAAACUCAGAAGUCAGAGCAAAUUCAGUAUAUGAUGCUGUUAAAGCAAACUAUAUAUGCUUAACAAAAGUUGCUGCAAGCCUUACGACCAAGUUCAAGCCGAUCGUAGCAUGGGUGGAUUACAACCAGGGAAUAUGGUCUUUUGCCAAAGAAAGUUAUAAGUUGCAGUAUGUAAGGGAUGCAGGAGGAGAGAACAUUGAUGACACUGUCAGCGACAAUAGCUAUAAUAUUUCAGAUCCUGAUGAUAUGGACAAUUUCCACGCGAUCCUUUGUACGGUGGAUGUUGUGAUCGAUCAGACAUAUGCAUUGGAUCCUGCAGAAUACAAGUUAUCGACAUUUCUGGAGAACAUGGACACGGGAGACAGCUCCCGGUUUGUCUUUCUGACCAAUCAAAGGCUAUGGCGUUACGAUAAGAGGGUCUACAAUUCUGUAAUCGUUGACUGGUUUGAUGGAGCCAUCUCCCAGCCACAGCUGGUUUUAGCAGAUCUAAUGGAGGCUUUCUUCCCAACAGGCAACUACAACACUACCUUCUUCAGAAACCUUGCCAAGGAUGAAGGAGUAAUCACGAUAAAUCCAGAACUCUGCGAUCGAAGCCCUUCCACACCCAUGGAUCCUACCAUCGUCCCUUGCCAGUGAACUCCUCUGCAGUUCACAGCUUCAUAUCUCAUGCACAGAUUAUUUGUUGCAUCAUUUAAUGUCUUCGAAUGUUAUCAUUGGUACUAA